AUGGCGGAUACAAAUAAUAAAUCAUCUCAUAUCCAAACAAAACAAUAUACACUUGUGUUUCCUUACAAUGCAAAGAAUACACAUGUUUUACUAGGUCUAAAGAAGCGAGGAUUUGGUGUUGGAAAAUGGAAUGGAUUUGGUGGAAAAGUAAAAGAAAAUGAAUCUAUUAAUGCAUGUGCUGCAAGAGAGUUAAAGGAAGAGUGCGGGAUUGAAGAUGCAGUACUUAAAAAAAAGGCUAUUCUUUUUCUAACAUGGGAAGAAUCAACUUCUAUUAUUGAAAUUCACGUCUAUAAAGCUACACAGUUCCAUAGUGAACCCAUAGAAUCAGAAGAAAUGAAGCCUCAAUGGUUUUCUGUUGAUCCUUUUGCACAGAAUCACAUCCCAUAUGAUAAAAUGUGGGAAGAGGCACGUAUAUGGUAUCAAGAAUUUCAGAAAGGACAAAAAUUCAUUUUAUAUGUUCUGUUUAAAGGGAAUAUCGAUACCCCAAAGGAUGGAUCAUCAAUUAUAAAUUUCCGUCUUAUACAUGUCGAAGAUAUAUACAACUACACGUAUGCUGAUUAUAUAUCCUAA